CUGGACGGACAUCCGCUACAAUCUCGUGCAUCCCUCCUGGAUUCCGAAUCCAAACGUCCUUGUUCACGAAGCCUUCUUGAGUGACUUCGAAGGACUUAUGGGAGGCCUGAGGCAGAGCAUCCAGGUUCUUAUGGCCCUUCUUAUGAUGGGCCACAGGAUUCACAGCAUUGAAACCUGGGGCCACAGCCUCGGGGGGGCGUUAGCAACGUUGUGUGCAUUGUGGUGCAGCUUGGAGUACCCAGGUUUGUCCAUCACCUGUCUCACCUUGGGAUCACCAAUAGUUGGCAAUCAGCACUUCGCCGGACGGUUCAGGCCUCCUCCCUGGCCUCCCAUCACCUGCUUUCGACUGUUCAUACCGGCCGACCCAGCCCCCGCUCUCCCGAAUCAAUAUACCCAGGCUGUCGCUUUCCGUCAGAGCUAUCCCGGCCCUCAGAAAUGGGAGCAUGUGGGACCGCCAUUUGCUGUGAAACUGGCCGAUCGCAUCCCCACCGUCCCUGUGGCGACGGUCGCUAGUUUGGCUUUGGCGAACAGGAACGUGGGCGGCACAUCAUCAAUGGAACUAUGGUAUGGGAGUUCAACUCAUGCUAGGGUUGUAAAUGUAAAUGCAGAGCAAGAGAUUGAGUUGUUGAGGGUUCCUGGAAGACUGGAAGUUGGAAAUCGUAAUUAUGUACAUGUACUGUACAUGUAUAUCAGCAGCAAUGUAAUAUUCCGUGGUUACCAAGUCAUGCGAACCAUGCCCCACCAACAAGGCACAGCUCCUGCUGCCUUUUCCUCCACCACAUCACAUACCACAAUACCUAUCUCUUUGUUUUGUGUGCCUGCAUCACACACGCGGACAUUCGGUAGCAAUUGUUCCAGUUAGAAUCAGCAGCGGCACAACAGGCUCCAACGGGCAUGUGAAGCCUGGAAGGUGUGCGGAUCAUGGUCAUGGGUAUCGCCGAAACGCCCACCCAGACCCACCGUCACAGGCUCAUCGCAGCUUCCAAUUGCACGUGCCUUCCAGGUUUGGAUUCGGCCACCCGGCCCAACCGCUACGGAAACCAGGAAGCCACAGUUGCAACACGCCGAUUCAGUUGUCCAAUAUUACUUCUGCCAAGACCUAAAUGUCUGGGCAUCCCUGAAGCAUCUGGGACAACGACCCGGUCCAAGUACAGCGCGGCGAGCGCGUCAGUUUCAAAACCAUUUCUUCCUCUGCCUUCCAGCACAACGCUCAGGUCGCCGCCCGCCGUUUCAAUUAGGUUCCAGGUCUGCCGAAAGUCCCAGUCUCUCAGAUCGA